UUGCUCUCGACUCCGUGUGGCGGAGUGGAAAUUGGAUUAAAGCGCGCCGCUCCACGCACGCGCGCGCGCUGUUUCUCGGUGCUCUCCAGGUAGUGUGCCCGCGCUCUUCGCAGAGGAAUAAGCGUCUUCUCCCUCCGUCGCCUGUCACCGGUAUAUGGAAGUCAUACUCGUCCCACUACGGCCCUCCGUUCCGCAACCACUACCUGACACCACCACACUGCCCUGCCUGCUGGCUCCCCCUCUCACCACCUCCACCACCAUCAUGGCAGCCGUAGAUACCAAGUCCCUGGACGGCCCCUCUGUCACCCUUACUGUCAGGUUGAUUAUGCAGGGGAAGGAGGUUGGCAGCAUCAUUGGUAAGAAAGGUGAUAACAUCAAAAAGUUUAGAGAAGAGAGCGGUGCCAAAAUCAACAUCUCCGAUGGCUCCUGUCCUGAGCGGAUUGUCACAGUUACGGGCUCAACAGAAGCCAUCCUCAAGGCAUUUUCCCUCAUUGCAAGGAAAUUUGAGGAGGCGGCAACCCCAACACUUCAGGAGCUACAGAACAGCGGGACACAUCUCCCCAAGCCUCCUGUUACCCUACGGUUGAUUGUACCAGCCAGCCAGUGCGGAUCCCUCAUUGGCAAAGGAGGUUCCAAAAUAAAAGAAAUCAGGGAGGUCACAGGUGCAUCUAUUCAAGUUGCAAGUGAAAUGCUUCCAAACUCCACCGAACGGGCUGUGACAGUAUCUGGGACAGCCGAUGCGAUUACGAAGUGCAUCUACCAGAUUUGCUGUGUCAUGAUGGAGUCUCCCCCAAAAGGGGCAACAAUACCAUACCGUCCAAAGCCAGCCAUGCCACCGGUGAUAUUUGCAGGCGGUCAGGCUUACACUGUUCAGGGACAGUACGCAAUUCCGCACCCUGAUGUGAGUACUCCGGGUACAGUGCCCGCUCCCACCGCCACCAAUAUGGCGGGCGUGAAACAGCCGACCAACCUCUCGUGCCCCUCGUGUUUCUUUGUUCCCGCUCCGCAGCUGACCAAGCUCCACCAGUUGGCACUGCAGCACGCGCCUCUGCUCCCUGGGCACAGCGUGGGUGCCAUCAACCCACAAGCAAGUCUGACAAUGCGGUACACUAGUGACAUUCCAUCUCUAGCUGCGCUGGCAACAACAAACAACCUGCGGCCAAACACGGCAGCUGCUGCCAUAGCAACAGCAAGUACCACGACAACUGAAAUGACCAUACCCAACGACCUCAUAGGCUGCAUCAUUGGGAAAGGAGGAUCGAAGAUAAAUGAGAUACGACAACUCUCCGGAGCCACAAUAAAGAUCUCAAAUUCUGAGGAGGGAUCCAAGGACCGAUCUGUCACCAUCUCGGGGACGCCCGAAGCAAUCAACUUAGCUCAGUACCUCAUCAACACUAGCAUCCAGAAUGCUCAGUUGCCUUUGCUCUGGAAGAACAUGGCUGUUGCUCCUCUGAACUGAUGUUCUCCCGCUGUGACCCCUCGCAGCACCCCAUGCUGUCACUACUCAGCCACCGCUGCUGCUACUCUCCUAGCUAGUGCAGCUGGUGCACGACAUCUUAUUCUUCGUCUGUAUUAAUUUUUUUGCACACAGUUACGAGUCUCUGCACACAACACACACACUAGUGGUAUAGUGCUGUCUUCACCACUCUCUCUCUCUCUUUUACGAACCGCUUAUAACCUGUCACGUGACCCCCAUCAUAACAGGAAGACUGACAAUCAUCUCACUGGACGAGAUGACCUUAUUUAUUUAUUUUAUUUAUUGAGUCGAACCUACUUAUGACGGUGGCGGCUGGAAGUCGCCGGGUAAUAUAUAUGGGUGUGGAAGUGUCCUGGCACGUUCUUGGCCCUACCAUUCUAAAAGUUAGAGGCAAUAUUUUGUAACAAAUGCUGUCGUUGCAAGUGGUUUUUAAAAUGUGCUACCUCUUGUAUGCACAAGAACAGUCUUCUUCUUAUUAUUAUUAUUUUAUUUAUUUAUUUAUUUGUUUAUUUUUUUGUGUGCUGAGAGUUCCGAAUGGUAGUCGACAUGUAACCAGGCACAGGAACCAUUGGAGUUUUUUUUAAAUAUUCUAGUAUUCAGUUGUAUCUUCAGUUGCCCUUUAUUCAUUAUCUACGUACUAUUUACUAUAUUAUCGACAUAAGACAAGAAGUGCAGGUUUUUGUAUUUACUGCUCCAGGUCAGUUUUGGUUUGCUGUGCGACGCCUUCUUCGCAGUGAAGAAGGCUACCGAUAAUAAUUUUUACGACGUUAAGUUUAUGACUGCUUUUGACUGUCUCACACAGGGAUUAUGUUGAAGCACACUCUUUACUGACACCAGUGGUACCAACCGUUCCCCACGUAAAAGGAGUUCGCAACCGCUGGAUGUCAUACCAGUCAGACGCAUAUCAGUUGCCAAAUCAAUAGACGUGUUGAGCCAGUUUUGCUUCAUCUCCACUUGUACAAGAUUGGGUAUUGGAUUCUAACUAUAAUUUCAAAUGUAUUGCUGCAGUCUUCACCAAAGUUUUACGCUAAAUUCUCUCACAUAUCACGCCGUUGCGGACCAGGAGAUAUUUCCGCUGGAAAGCCACAUAGAUUGUAACACUUUUGAGAGCCCUGUCAUAUAGCAGCCACAUGCUGUGGUUUUUCCCCCCAAGAGCACUUCCGAGUCGACAGAGCAUGAUUGCUUCACCGAGAGAUCGGGCAGUGACAGCCUUGCCUCCCUUGCUACGAACGCCUUUCUUUUUCCGAGAAGCCUUUACAGCUCAGGCUGUUGGAAGGCCUGUGGGCAUGGCAUAUCAAAGCUGCUAUAAUUAACAUGAACUUGCAACGCACCUCCCCCCAAAAGAAAAAUAGCCCUAGUUCAAAGUGAGCGCUGACCAAUUAGAAGAAACUAUAGAGCCAGAGGGACAUAUCACUAUUAGAGUCAGUAGAGAAGCUCUGCUUCGGAGCAUGGUCAAGGAUCUGCAGGAGCUCCGACAUCUCAUAGCUGCGUCAGUACGUAGCAGCUACCCCGAAAAGGAGGACGUGACUAGAAACCAAUUCUUAUAAACACGUCUUACGCGGAUACUACUUCAAAAUAAUAUGUCGUUCUAGUCUUCGAUCUACGCCAGUACAGCAGGUGGCUUCAAACGUCCUGUCUGGUGCUGCUGUCUGCAGACAGUGCAGAUGCCAUGAUGUGCGGAGAGGCAGUGACCAACUUCAUGUCUUUGGGUCUCGUGGAUAUAGAGAAAGAUUUAAACGGGUGAAAUUGCGAGAAAGAGCAAAUAACGCGAGACAAGAUCGAAGCUCUCCGCUCACUGACAGUGCCCUGGUGCCGAGCUUGUCUAGUGGCUCUAAUCACCGUCACAUUAUUUUUCCACGAAGCAAAAUGACGUGCCAACGUUUUCAUGACAGCCAGCGAAGCUUCGAUGGAAGCGCAAAAGGCAUUUUUGUCGGAGAAUAUAUCCCCGUGUAUAAAGUCAUGAGUUCCCGUAGAAAUUCCUUCAUGAGCUGCAAAUUUCUUUGUUUCCAAACCCCGUAGUUUGAUAUGAGUGUUUUUGUCUUUUGCAAAAGCGUCACUACACUCAAGCUAUGCACUCUUCUCAAUGUACAAAGGACACCAAGAAAUGAAGAAAAAAAGCGUUACUGUAGAAAAAUACCGGAAACCACCAAGUGUAAGAUAGACGUGAGAUACAGGAUUGAUCGCAAAACCAAAUUUACGUGAAAAGAUCCCACCUUUCGUGCUGUAACGUCGUGUUAGUUGUUUUACAGUUUUUUGUUUACCUCGCAGUAACCCUGUCUUUCUGGGCUGUAAUUUUGAUGUAUAUCUAGCACCCAAUUAUUCAAAAUGCAGGCUUUAUCUGUUACUUGUCCGAAAAUAACAAAUUUCGGUACUGAUGAGAAAAAUUCAAAUGGGACUUCACAUAAAUAUUGACUAAACAUGGGAACAGCAGAUUAGCAUGAUUUUUUUUUUUUUUUCACGCUUUGCUAUAUUUUAUGCAUUGAAUAUAUCGACGUAAAAGUUGGCAACCUAUAUCAAGACAGAAGAAGAAACAUUUUAUUGCACAUUCAAGCAUUUUGCAGUAGGCUUACUAAAGCCUGUUAAUUCAACUAUACAAGCACCGCAUUUUUAGUUCUUAACACAGGAACUUCUGCAUUGUAUCCUGUAUUGUCCUCAGUGCUCUGGCAGUUAAGGACUUGCAUAUUUCAACAAAGAUGUGAUAUCUUCGCACAGUAAUUUAACGGUAACAAUAAGUACUGCAAGUACUGCAAUAUCAGUAUUUAUGUACAAUAACAGGUGCGAGUUAUACAUUGAAACAUACAGUUAACAUACACGUUAGUCUAGUCGUACGCUGGAAAUGGUCUUAUGAGGGCACGCCAUUCUUUCCUGUCUUCAUGCGUUGUCGUAAACGGUGCUAAACAAUGCUGUGGCAGAAUGCAUGACAUGUCAUCUUUUUUCAUUCAAGUAUGUAUUACGAGGACCUUUUGUACAUAUAAUGUCAAGUUGUUAUGCGUUGGGUGCCAUUUAUACAGUUCAUUCUGUGGGUAACUAAGCAAGUCUAUGCACACUGUUAGAUUGAGCAAAUGCAGCUAAAAAAUUUGUCUGCUUUAAAAAAAAAAAUGUCUUAGCCAUCCUAUGCUUCCUCGCGGACAACAGCAUGUUGUGAUGUCGGGUACUUAGUCCCAACAUUGCUCUGUCUUCUUCUUCUUUAUUAUUCUUACUAGUAUUUCCCCUGUCUCUCUUGUGGCCAUGGAGGUUUUAUGCUAAAACAAGACAAGAACAAGCCACAAUCGUUUCAGAUUCGUGUCUGCGGUCAACAGCUGGUCAUGACUGCGGCUACCAUGCCGAAAUCGGCUAACAUUACAAGGUAUAUAUUGUCGCACGGCAUAUAUGUCGACGGUCACAUGACUUGAUUUCAGUGUUGCAGGACAACAUUUACCAGAAAAUAUACAGUAAAACCCGUGGAUAGCGAUAUCGCGUAUAACGAUAUCCCUCGUAAAACGAUGGUUCAUGAUUUUACCGUCAAAAUAUGCAUUGUUUCUAUGGGAAAAUGACCCGCGUACAGCGAUGGAGGCCGCGGUUCUGAGUACUCGUAUGACGAUGUGGGACGCUGUCUCGUGCGCGUAACCUCGCGGCGAUUUUCACCGCGAUAAGAUACAGUACAAUCUCGAUUAAACAAAUCUCACGGGGUAGCGGAAAGAAUUCGUAUCAUCCGAAAUUCGCAUCAAAAGAAUUAAACCCACGAGUCGCGCGACAGUGUUCUAAAGCAAGCUUCUCCUAAAGCACGCAGGCGCUAGGUGAAGCCGACUUGCGGAAUGCUGACGUGUAGUGUUGCCAGAAGAUGUCCGAUACGUUCCGUGAUUCUCUCCACGAGUUCUGGUCGCUGUUUUCCCAAGCCAGUGCGAUGCCACACAGCUUCGCGUUUUUUCUUAGCAUCUGUUUCUUUCUGUUUUGCUACACGCGGGGUGGCGCACGACUUUUCGGGGAUGCGCUAUUUAGGUCAGCCCUCGUUUAACGAUAUACCCCGUAUAACGAUGGAAUUCGCGAUUUCCGUCAGUAUCGUUAUACGCGGGUUUCACUGUAUUAUGGACAUCACUAUACACUAAAAUUCAUGAUUUUGGAUUACGUAUCGCACAAAAGCAACAUACAGUAAGGACAGAUAACUAAGAACAAGAACUAAACUUGCAAUGUGAACAAGAACACUAUCGCCUGAGAAAUAAAGACAAUUCAUGUGACAAAUAAAACAAAGAACGGCUGUGAAACUCCUACCUCCACAACCUUCAAAACCAAAACGUUUUUCUCAUUAGUGACAUGACCUGAUUCUGUAACGUUCCAGUUUCUAAAUUUGCUAAAUGGCAAACCUGCAUAUUGAUAGACAGGCAACAGUGCUUAGCUUCACUAUGUUGCUCAACGUAACCAGUCCAUUAUUUAUUCUGUUGUUGAAUUCAAGGGGGCGCAGUAAAACACCUAGCAUUCCUCAUUUAAGUAUCCAAUCAGCAAUAACAGUAGUAAUCAGUAACAGCUAUCCUUGCAUGCAAACAAUUAAUGUCCCACGGAACAUAUAUCUCAAAAUUGUUUUAGUCAGCUGGCUGGUGAGCUGUGGUCUCCAUAAUGUCAACUGUUGUCUCAGACCACGAAAUUUGGAGUGGCUUGUUCUAGUUGCUUCAUGUUUGCCUCCACGCAAACGAUGAGCUGGAGUAUUGGUGUACACAAAAUUCCUCUACGUACUGACAUGGCCCAUGACAGAGACUUCCUUUCUCAUGACUGCAGAUUGAAAUUAGCAUUACAUACUCAUAAAGCGAUUUUUUUUUCUUUUUCUUUCAUAUUUGUCAGCGUCAUUCACGCACAUAUUUGAACGCAACACGGAUAACACGUUUUGUUGUGUAUUUUCUUUUUGUUGUAGCCCAUUAUAAUACUUCUAUGUAACUUUUAUAUGUCAGGAAUGAGUUUUUGUUUUAUGCUUUUUUUAUUAUUAACAUUACCUCAUUUACUUUCAUGUUUUACUUGCACGAAUCGCUAAUGUAUAAUCGGACUGUGCCAUAUACAGCCACAGUAUACAGGAGAAAGUAUAUAGUAUUACUUUUUAUUAGCUUACGUUGGAGCCAUUGUUUGGACAAGUAAUCCAUGAGACAUUGUGGCUGUAUCAUUAUCAGCUAGCACCUGACAACUCUUUUUGAUGUAUUUAUUUCCAGUUUUGUGUUCACAGCGCAUGCACGUGAAUUCUUGAAGGAAAGUAAUGCAUAUUUGUAUAUACAAAUAUAUUUUGUUACACCAUGUUUCAAAAACAAGUCCCAAUACCACAUACUGGUAUGUUUACAAAAAGAGAAUGUUUCUCCAUAGCAAUAUUCGUUUCCAAAGGAAUGAAAUACAAUGCAAAUGACAUGCACUCGAUAAUUCAGCAUAAGUGAUUCCAAAUGAAUACACGUUUUAAUGAAUACUCAUGUUUAGGAGAGUGAGGGUUUACACUGUCCGAAUUUUCAUGCACACAUAAUUUUGUAACACUAGCCACUGCUCCCUCAGAAACAGGGUGAGAUAGAAUCUAAAAAAAAAUUGCUGCCAAAAAAAAACAAAGGAUACUACAGUGGUAUUGAGCUUGCUGCGUGCAAAGCUUCGAUUAGCUGCUUAAAUUGCAAGAUAAGAACAUAUGCAGAUAUGUGCAGUUGAGUGACAUUGGGCCAAACCCACAUGGUUAUCAAAGUAUGCACUAUAUAGUGAUCUCUAGUCAUUCUGGCCGCAAUAGUGAAGUACCGCAAGGUCAUUACCUCCUAACUGUCGAUAAUGGGGCUAUCCUUAAGACUGUCCCACGUAACUUAAUGUAGAAAGCGAAGAUGCUUUGGCUGUAGUUUUCCCACUGUCUCCAACACUGAUAACUGGGAUAUACGGCCAGCAUGUACAUCAGCAGCAUAUAUGCUUGUCAUCCAUUUCACCACGGUGAACUGAAACUGUCAGAACGUACUUGUGCUGCAUCAAAGGCACGAGGAACCGGGAGAACGCCGAACCAACGUAAAUCAGUGUUUAUAUUUGUUCCGGUUUUCCUGGCCCCAGCGUUCUCAAAUACAAUCAUAAGCACCACUUACGAUGAUUCAAAACCAUGUGCUUUGUUUCAUAUGGGUCGACAUGCUGAAGAGCUAAUGCAAUAUCGCGAAAGUUCCGAAAGAAAUUAUGGCAUGGAUAUGGUUAGACAACAACCUCGCUCACAAAAAGGGUUUUCCCCCAUUGCUUAUUUCCCACAAAAUUCCUUUUAUAUGCAAAACUAGAAAGGUAUAACUGUAAACAAUGCAUAAGUAAUUUUUCUCUCUCUCUUUUUUUUUUUUUUUUUUUUGCAUAUUCUCAUUUUGUUAUGAAUGUGGAGUUUCAUUCUGUGAUAAAGUACGUAUGCACCUAUUUAUAAUGGUCGUUUCUUGUGUGUGUUACGACGGCAGUGAUAAUUUUCUUUGUGUUCAUGAGACGAACUGCCGUCGGCACAACAGUGCAUCGUACUAUGUUUUCGUGCAGAGUAAUGAGUCUAACUUGCACACGAUAAAGUUAGAACCAUUUUCCAACUCGCUCCAAUUGCAGGAGUCAAGGUGACGAACAAAUCUAGUCCGUAAUCGAAGAUGAGCCUUCUUUGAUGAACGUAUUGGAAAUAUACUAGGUGCAAAGUAUAGCGGGAAGCUAAUAUUCUGUCUUGCUGUUUUCAAAGCAGAUGAAAGUUAUGGUACAUGAUCUCCAGUGCAUUUCAAUAAGACCGAUGCAUUUAUGUGCAACAAAAGGCGUCAAGGACUCUCUAACGAGGUGGCGUUAAAACUGUGAAAUUACCUCUCCUCCCAGUACGGCAAGUCUAGUCGAAACAGUAACAGUUUUUGCUGGGGACUGGUUACCAGGGGGUAAUUGCCAGUUUCUGUGAGGGUUACCAGUAUUACAGCUGCUUUUAUUUGUACCCUGCACAAUAUUUCUCAAUGUAGCGAUACUUCUCAUUUUUGACAGUCGAUGCACUCUAUUAAAGCAUGUAUACAGUCGCCGACCGAUUUUUCGGACAUGCUUGAUUAUUCGGACUCGGUCGCGGGUCCCAUAGAGGUGAUGUAUAAGAACGUCCAAAAUUUCGGACGCCGUGCAGCUCCGUCGCUCGACAUUUCGGACUCUGUUUGCCCAACCCGCGAAUUUCUCUCAUGGGGUGACGGAAAACACUGGUAUCAUAUCUGAAAUUCGUAUCAAAAGAAAUCAACCAACUAAAAUAUUGAGGCAAAAAAAUAGGCAGUGAUGAUUGUUGAUUUCCCAUUCCUCUGAGUAGAAGAGGUCUGUCGUAGCGCUGUUGCGUCUUCGUUUUUGGCCAACGGCCCAGCACGUGCUGUCCGCCCGCGAGUCGCGCGACAGCGCUGUAAAGCGAGCUUCACCUAGAGCACGCAUGCGUUAGGUGAAGCCGACUUGCGGACUCGAUGACGGCGGUGCCUCUGUCAGUGUACUUACAGUGACGAAAUGUCGCUUCGGGAAAUAGAAGCUGAUGUUAUCAGGCAGAGCUGGAAGCGCGUUAGGAAAGCAUCGACAAAUUUUUCCAGCCUACUAGGGCUUAGUAAAGUUUAUUUUGAAGCGAAAUUCAUUUUUUUCGGACUGCUCGAUUAUUCGGACUCUUGCGCGAGCCCCGCCGAGUCCGCAACAUCGGACGGCGACUGUAUAUAUAUAUACAUAUUCUGCUUUUCAUUUUUCAAACGCCUGUAUGAAAAGGGGUGGUCUGUCAGAUAAUUUUAGAUAUGUUUGAUGCUUUGUGAGAGACUAACACUGUGUCCCCCAAAAGCACAUGUAAUCUUGCGUGGAACACAUAUCACUCAUAUGUGAAAGACACCUGAAUACUCAAGUAUGAUAAUGGCAUUGUAUGGAAAACCAAAGAACCAAAAAAGGGUAUUGAAUUUUUGAAGGGCCACUCUGUUUCAAAAAUGGUAACAAAAUGAUAUAUACGAGGACGGAUAAGCGAGUUACAAAAAAAAAAAAAAAUUAUGCACAAGACUAACUUUGCAGUCACGCAUUUACUGCCUAGAAAGGGUGAAAGCCAAAAACGAGAGUAUUUCAAAAUUUUGCACCAUGGCUGCAUAAGUUAUGACAUCAUUUAACCUUAUCACUUUCUCCAGCUUUGAGUUGAAGGACGUUUCAAAUCCAUACAAACUUAACACAUGCGUACAAGAUAGAGGUACAUAUUUGGGGCUACUAGUUGUUGCAAACACAUUGAAUGCCACCGUAUUACGUAUUCCACUGGUGACUAGCACACAACCUGAAUACUGCAUCGCCAGUUUGAACUUACUGUAAAUCAGAUUGUUCGUUAUAACCCGUGGAACAGCAGUAAAUUUUAGACCGAACAAGCUGAAUCAUGGAAAUUUUAACAGGUAAGCACUGAACACACAGAAAAGGAUAACACAGGCGACUCUGUCGUCUGCUCACCGUUUGUCUGAGCAUUUAUGUUUAUCGAAUAGAUCGAUGUACGCACACCUACCCAACAUAUUUUGUCCAGAGUGGUCCUUUCAAAACUAAACUUAAGAUAUCUUUCAUGCACCCCCUCCCUUAGAUGACAUGAUGAGAUGAAAUCCCACGAAAUUUGCGCACUUGGCUGUAAAGUAAAAAAAAAAAAAAACAGGGUUUUUGUACAUCAAAAGUUGUCUUCUUUCUACGAAGGCAUUUUUAUGGGAAAGGUGCCUGUAGGGAAAAACAGGGAGAAAAGUCUCAUCUGCAAAGCAAAAAAAAAAUGCUAUCGUUGCCAAAGAACUGUAAAGUACUUGUCCGUACUUUAUGUGCAAUGUGUAUACCGUUACUUAUUGUUAGAUUCUAAAGCAGCCCGCUUUUCGAUAAGGAGCUGUAUUAUGUUUUCUAGCGUGGCUCAGAUGCAUGUCUGUACAAAGCGGCCGUUUUUUGACAUGAAUUCGUUGUGUGGCCAGUUGGUUGUUGUAGAUCAUGUACGAGUCCAACUUGAGUUGCGCUGAGAAGCUCGAUGUAUCAAUCACUUUAUAUACACAUAUAAACUUCACGAGAGCUGUGCAAUAUCUAAAGGAAAACGGUCGUUGUGAUCAUUCUGCAUUUGUUUUGUGGGUGUCGCUCUUACAUGCAGAGAAAAUGAAUGUUUUUCUGUUUUGUACUUUUAUUUUUAUAAGAGACACACACACAAGAAGUGUAUGCUCAAAGGUGGCGUUGUCUAAAUGCAGUCUGUACGAUAAUAGAUUUCUUAGUGAGGGAGGGAGGGGGGGGUGGCAGGAAGGUGGACAACAUAUAUGUAAAGCUAUCUAUAUAUGUUUUUGGGGUGUUCCAAAUGUAUGGGUCCGUACGAGUUUUGGCCAUGCGGUGGACGACACCCUUCUCGCUAGCUUAUUAUCACGCGGUUGUGCAUAACAUUGAUGCUCCGAAGCAGACGCCGUCAAAACUCGUACGAUGUACAAUUUUCGGUACGCUUCGCGUAGAGUUGUGUGUAUAUUCUACACUACUACAACAUAUCAUGCACUUUUUCACAGUUUUGCUCACAUAUCUUGUCGAGUGUGUGCAUUUGAUAUAUAACUGCUGCCCCCUGGCGUUGGCUCGAUAGAGGAUGGCCAAAGCGCGCUCCUCCCCUGAGACAACCCGGUGGGUAGCGUGUCGGCACAACAGAGCCAAGGACUUUGAUUCUGAUCUGUACAUUUUCAGGUCUUAUUUAUGCAAAUGGAAAAAGGAAAUGAGCAAUGUUUCCAGUGUAUAGCAAGUAUAUGUGCGUGUGCCUCUGUGGAGAGUCGAGACAAAUAUGAUGAUUAUUUUUUGCUCGUCUAUGAUAUCUUGUACUACUCAGGAAACGGUAUAAUGCGGUGACCAGAGUCUCGCGCCGAUACCUUUUUCACACGCUCUCCGCCUUUAAAAAAAAGUGGAACGAUUAUGUGCUCGCUGCAAGAUCUAAUCUCUCGAGUUACGUUUCAGAGUGGCACACACCCAGGACAGUGUUGUUCACGGAUAGCCCCAUUGACAUUUAUAUGAGGCAGCAGUUUGCCAGAAGGGUUUACCAUUGUUUCCAAAUCAAACGCAAUACUUCAUUUUUUUUAAAAACAUAUCGUAAUCUCAAAAAUACUUCGCAGCUUUUCAAAUACUUACUUCGUAUGAAGCACAGUUUCAUCUUUACCAACAUUCUGCUUUUAUCUAUUUCAUACAACACAUUCAGGUCUUCUAACAUUUUCUGCUUGAGGCACAUACAGAAAGUAAAGGUACCGAAUUUACCCCACUUACCAAUGUUGCGUAUACUUUUUACUUUCAAGUUACAGUGUACACUUGGCACAAAAAAAGAGACUGAAAUCUCUGUAAUUACUCUUCACAGGAAACUUGAGCAAGCCCUCUCCAUUUGACAUUCACUUCAUGGCCACAGUUAGCACUUUUAAAAUUACUCAGUUUGCCAAUAUUUCGUUAGUUAGUAUUCGCUAGUAUUCUGUUACUUAGUAGUUAGUAUUCGCUUUCUACCUCACACCCUCCUAUGUGCUCCAAGAUUAUACCAUGCCCCUUUGAUACCUAAGACACACGGCCGCUCCAAAUGCCUUUGCACAAAAGGAGUGCCGAAAAUCGCUCGUUGCGCCCGUUAUCGUCUGGCAAGCGAACCUUCUGAUAACGGCAAAAUGGAAUGCUGUUUUCAUGGUUCGCUUAUCAAACGAUAACUGGAGCCACGUGCGAUUUUCAGCACCCCUUUUGCAGAAAGGCCCUUAGAGCGUGCCGUGUGUCUUAGGUAUGAGACUAUCUGUGCAGUGGUCCAACAGGGCUGUUCAAGUGUUGCAACAGCCAUUUUCUCUUCAGGGUGAUCGUACAUAAUGUUCUCUUUUCUUUCCUUUUUUUUCUUUCCUAAACAUGACGAAAACCCGAGACUGGGAAAAAAGACGAAAAACAGACGACACAACACGAAGUCUUUGUGUUGUGUAGUCUGUUUUUAGUCUUUUUUCCCAGUCUCGGGUUUUCGUCGUGGAUCUUAGCCACCAGCUCGCUUGCUUUUUAACCAUUUUAUCUGUUCUUUCCUAUCUUUCAGUAUGUCCUUAUUGCGGUCACUUAUGCUCAUAAUUGGAGCACACUUAGAAAGCAUACUGUCCUUACCAUUAUUUCUCGAAUGAAGUGUGGAAGGAUGGGGGAAAAAGGUAUCGGCGCACGUGUAUGAAAAGGUGGACCGCAAUGCUGUUGUUCUGCACUACUUCCGUCAUGACAGCACAUUCAAACUUUUGUUUCUUGUUGUUUGCUAUUGUGUGUUCAAGAGGAAAGAAUAUACUUAUUUCUCAUGUAAAAGAAAGCGCACCGCCAUCUGAUGCAAUAAUCUUUGGACAAAAAAUUGAGGAAAUAAAGGAAAUAUUUAUA